GGGGUGUAUGACAUGGCUUAAUAUCUUGAUCUCACUGGUUCCUAGCAACGUAACAAGGUGAUGACGUGGUUUUUACAUUUUUCAAAAAUCUCUUUUGCCCAGAGAGAGAAGAAGAGACAGAUCGGAAGGAGUUGAGUAAGAAUGGCGAAGCUGGUGCUCUUCACCGCCGUAAUUAUCGCUAUUUUCUCCCAUGGAUCCUCCGUCGAUGACAAAUGCGCCGCUUGUAACGCCGUCGCUGAGGAAUUAGAGUUACAGCUUUUAAAGGAAAAGCCACGAAACCAUCUUGAUAUGAGAAACCGGCUCAAUUCUAAAGGCCAGCGUGAAGGAAAGGUCAUUGAUUACAGAAUAAGCGACCUGAGGGUGGUUGAUUUGUUGGACGGUCUGUGUGAUAGAAUGCAGGACUAUACUCUACAAAAGGUGGAACCUAAGAAUAGACAAUGGGUGAAAGUAGGAAAUUUUGACAAUCUAACAAAUAAACAGGAAGCGAAAGCGCAUGCAAAUGACAUUUCAACUUAUUGUGGAAGAUUGCUGGAGGAAACUGAAGAUGAGCUAGGUGAGGUGAUAAAGAAUGGCUCCCUAAAAGCAGGAGAAGUCCGAAAGGUUCUGUGUCAAACUUUGAGUAACCACUGCCGACAAUCAAGUGAAACAGACUCAGAGGAUGAGGAGGACGACGAUGCAGAUGAAUUAUAACUCAAUCCAGUGAAAAGUUCACGUCAAAUUAAGAUCCCAUCUUGGUAGCUAUGUUAUAGAUACAUCCAUCCACAACUCAUAUGUAACUUAAGACACCUUUCACUUUUUAAGUUAUGUCGAAACUCGGGUCUAGAUUCUUAUUUAUAUUGUGGCAAUUGUUCGUUUUCCCUCAAAACCUUAAUUAGCUAGAGAGUAUCGAAAUAGUCUAAAUUUUAUAUGAAGAGCUAGUCGAGAUUUUACAUUGGAUGAUAAUCUAUAUGCGAUGAUCAUAGUUAUAAGCUU